UUCAUAGAGAGGUUCUACUGUAUAAUACCACAUGACCAUAAUUAUAUAUGUCAGUCCAAUAUAGGAUGUGUCACUUUGGAUAACUUGGGAGGAAUUACUGGAUUCAGGUGUUUUCCAUAAAAUGCAAGUGAAAUAUGGAAAUAAACUGAUAUAAUGACAGUAAUCAGUAAUCAAAUCACACAAUCCAGCCUUAAUUUAAGGAGUAAAUCCACGACGCGGCAGUUUCUUCUUCUUCCUCGAGAGUUGUGUUUUAAAGCAAAAUGACUGACAACUGCACAGAUGGCAUUCCAAGUACCGCGGAGCUCUUUCAAGAUGUAGAUGGUGGUCAACUUGCAGUUGUUGUGAUAUGCUGGAUUUUAACACUGGCUUGUGUCGGAAUCUAUAUCGAAGAGAUUAUCUACAUCCUGCGGGUAGAUGUAGCAGACAGGAAAGAAAGAUCAAGACCAAUAUGGAUCCUAGGUAUAUAUCCAGCUGUAUCCCUCACAUCAGUGAUAUCCGUUUGUGUUCCAAGAGCAACACUUGUCAAUGAAUUGGUGUCUGCUAUGUACCUGUCCAUCUGCAUAUUGCAAUUCCUGAAACUCAUCGUCAGUUACUUCGGUGGCCGGCAGCACAUGAUCGCAGUUUUGACGGAUCAGAAAAUGAACCUGAGGAGUCCGCCCUGCUGUUGCUGCUGUUUCUGUCUCCCCGAGAUUACAGUCACUAAGUACACCCUAGUCAAGAUGCACUACAUGGUCCUUCAAGUUGUCGUUAUCAGACCUUUGAUAUUUUUCGGACAGGCUAUCUACCUAGCUGAUUUAGGAGACUCAUCUGCAGCACCAUCAGCGCUAAACACAGUCGCCUCGACAUUACAUCUGGCCAGCACGCUGACAGCCAUGUAUGGUCUAGUAUUAGUCCACCGGGUAGCAGAACCACAUCUGGAAAAGUUCCAAACACAGCGUAAAUUCCGGACCCUGCAGUUAGUCCUGCUGUUUUGCAACUUGCAGAGUGGUAUCUUUAACCUGUUGGCGAAUAAUGGAGUUUUUCCUUGUACCCCAGGUGGAUUCACAUCAAAGACUAGAGCAUCAAAUAUGCACCACACGCUGCUCGUAUUUGAGAUGUUUUUGCUCUCACUCGUGGCGCGCUAUUUCUACCGUCGCAAAGAACCCCUGGCUAACUUCAGUGCCCAAGUCGGUGAACGGCUGGCCGACAAUGACGUUUUACAGAAGGAAACAGACAGAGCCAAUUAUGGCUCAAUUCAUAUGACUGAUGCGGUCUUUGAAGGAUUGGAGGACUCCGGGCUAUAUACUAUCAUGGAUCGGGUCACUUAUAAAAGACAAUACCAACCAAACAAUGGGGUUUCCCAGGCAGAAUCGACCAGGAAUCCUAGUGAAAAUCCUUUACAGAAUGACACUCCUGGUGUCAGUAACUCGGUGAACUCCCCCGUAGAAGAAUUAUCUGUAUUUCGAUAUACAUAGUUUCAACAUGAAAAAGCAGAGCAUGAGGAGAGUU